GGCCGUGCAGCAGGAGGAGAGAGAGAGAGGGGGAGAGAGAGAAAGAGAGAGAGAGGCUGAAUGACAUUUUCAGCUCUCCACACCCAAAUCUCUGGAAAAUUCCUUCAGUUUUCAGGCUGCCGCAGAGCCGGCUGGCCGAAGCUGAGCGAGGGAGGGAGGAAACAGCAGGAUAUUAACAGGCUGAAUGUUGGAUUUUUGCCUUUCGGGUUGCGGCAGGUGACUAGAUAACCUUGGAAUGUGGGUUAGAAGGCUGUGUGUUGACUGAGGUUCCUUGAACGCAGCGUAGCGCAUCUCUACCAACACUGUGAAGACAAAAGAAGACAAACUGUCACUUUACGGCCACAAAAGAAGAUCCAGAGCUGGACCUGUUUCCUUGUUGGGGGGCAUCUGUUAACUUCCCGCUCGCCUGUCACCCUGGGGAAGGCAACGCUUCUCCGACCCCCCCGAUCCCCCCCUUCCUCUUCGCCAUCACCGUCGCCACCUUUGAGGUCCGUUUCGGCAUCCCGCUGUGCCCUGACCUCGGGUCUCAGGUGGAAAAGGCUUCGGCUCCCGGGAUCGCUCCCCGUCAUGCACAUCAAGACCACUAAGUGCAACCGCUUCUGCCUGGUCGCCUCAGUGACUAACCAGGAAGUGUUCAGCCGUCCCGAGGCACAGGCCGCUUUCGAGGCCUUGUUCCGUUCCUUCGACCCGGAGGUGCAGUUCCAGUACUUCAGGUCUUUCCGGCGGGUCCGGAUCAGCUUCGGCGACGCUCUGGCGGCGGCCGAGGCCAGGCUGCGACUGCACAAGACCGACUUCAACGGCAAAGAGAUGAGGCUGUACUUUGCCCAGUCCGUCCAUAUAGGGAGUCCUCGACUGGAGCCUCCCAAACCAGAGAAGCAGUUCCUGAUCUCGCCCCCUGCCUCCCCUCCGGUUGGCUGGGAACAGUCGCAGGACGCCACGCCGGUCAUCAAUUACGACCUGCUGUGUGCCAUCUCGAAACUAGGACCAGGGGACAAAUACGAGCUCCACACCGCCACGCCCACUACCCCCAGUGUGGUCGUCCACGUCUGCGAGGAUGAGCGCGGAGACAGCUCGGCCCCGGACGACAGCGACCAGGACGACAAGCCGCGGCCUCCGCGGCCCAAAAUCAUCCAGACGCGACGCCCCGACUACGCCCGCGGGGUCAAGCAGUGAAUGGCGGCGAUGAUGGGGCGGCGGAACAGCAGUGUCAUGACUGUAACAUUCCAUCCUGAAAGUGGCUGAACACGCACUCUGAACUCCGAAGGUUUGGUUGAGGGGGGGGGGGGGGGGGGGGGGGGGGGAGCUUUGGGAAGGCGCCCGAGGGUGCCGUGACGUCCCCGCAGACAAGCAUUUCACAAGACGGAGAGAAAACACAGUGUCGAAUGCUGCAUUCAUGCCCCAUGGGAAAGUUAGGACAUAUGAGCUUCCUUGUGGAAAACACUUAAGUUUAGCCAUCACCUAUGUGCUGCUUGCGAAUUUGACGUUUGGGCAUAAAACUGAAGGAAAUAUUCGUUUUGAGCUGUAGGGAAUUAAAAAUAAUACAGUUGUUUUGAUUGUAGUGUUUGAGAUACCAUGGAUGGAGACUUUGGUGGAUGUUUGGUUUGUGGUGAUAUUUUUUAUUUAAAGAAAAAAAAAACUGUACAAUGACUAAGUUUGUGUUGUUGUGAGACCAAGCUGGUGACAUGCAAAUAAAGUCUGUGCAAGACGGUCAAAGUGGAUUUUUUUUUUGGGAUGUUAUUCCCACGUGACAUGAAUGCAGCAUCAUUCUGAGAAGCCAUGCUUGCGUUUUUUCCUCGUUCUAGCAUUUGCGCCGCAACGGGAACAGAUGGUAAAAUCCAGCUGCUGAUUUUUUUUUUUUUCCUGGCCUCCAGGGGGAUCUCCUCCGGCCGCGUCGUCGUUACCUAAGUUGGCGGUGCAGCUCCCCCCCUGCUAUCGUAUCGUUCGACGUCUCGGCUUCACCUUUUGCGGCUGAUUUCCCGGCGGAUGCGGGGGUCUGCACCGAUGCCGUUGACCCGUAACGACUUCUAACAGUGUUAACUUGUGGAUUGUUUCAGUUUUGGUUGUAGCUUUAGCGAAGAUGUGUUGCUGUUUGACAUUUAAAAGAGCUAAAACACAACAACGCUUUUGAAAUUUUUCUGAAUGUAGUGCUCACGCCAAGCCCUUCAUCUGAAGGUUUCAGCUAUGUCGACUGUUGUAUUUGUCGGUUUAAAAAAAAAAAAAAAGUAAGAAUAAUCAACCUACGACUCAGG